GAAAGACCAAUUACACGUCAACACGUCAAAUUUUGAGAAGUAAAUCAAAUUGGUGAUGUGUUCAGGUCUAAGUUGUACGAAUUUCAUUUAAUAUAAUGAUCAAGUUAUUAUGUUUAUUGACUGUAUUAGUGUAUGUAGAUACUGCAGAACAAAUUAACAACAAUUUAAUAUACAAAAAUGUGGAUAGAACCGUUUACUUAACCUCACAACUUGUUAAAAUUACUAGCAUCAUAACCCUUGAAAAUACCGGCAAAGAACCUGUUCAGAACAUUCUUCUAGUGGAAGAUCCAGAUUUAGUUGGAAAAAUAGCAUAUAAUGGAGCAAAAGAUGCUACCAGUCAUGAUUUAAAUAUUCUAUCAGCUGAAAUAAAUAACCAAGGUGACAAAAGAUUUCAUAAAGUAAUAUUAAGACAAAACCUCGAGCCAGGCAGGACUACAACAGUUACGGUAGAAGAAAUACUCGUUAAAAGUUUAAUACCAUAUCCAAGCAGCAUUACGCAAAAGGAGAAGCAGUUAGUGAGGUACUUUGGUAAUCAUUAUUUGUACACACCUUAUACAGUAGCUAAACAAAAAACCGAGGUUAUACUGAGUUCUAAAAGUAUUGAAAGUUAUACUAAACUAAAACCUGUAACACAAUCUGAUAGUACAAUAAGUUAUGGACCAUUCACUGAUAUACUACCAUUCACUAAAAAUGAAAUGAUUAUUCAUUACGAAAACAACGCCCCUUUCCUAACUGUUACUCAUUUAGAGAGAACCAUUGAAAUCUCUCAUUGGGGUAAUAUUGCUGUUGAAGAGCAAAUUGAAAUAAAACACACCGGAGCCAAGCUGAAGGGUUCCUUCUCAAGAUAUGAUUACCAACGAGAUAGUAGCAGUUCACAUCACAGUAUAAAGUCCUAUACCACAGUUCUACCGGCUACAGCACAUAGUAUUUAUUAUAGAGAUAGUAAUGGUAAUAUUUCAACAUCUACAGUUAAACAUCGUAAAGAUUGGAUUGAACUUGAAUUGAGACCACGAUUCCCGCUUUUUGGAGGAUGGCAGAGCUCAUACACACUUGGAUACAGUGUUCCCAGUUAUCAAUACCUAUUCAAAAAUGAAAAUGGAGAUAAUGUGCUUAAUAUGAGACUCAUUGAUCAUGUUUUUGAUGAUAUGUAUGUUGAAGAAGUCGUCACAUCUAUUGUACUUCCUGCUGGAGUAGUUGACUUUAAAUUGAAAACUCCUUAUGAUGUUGAGAAGUUGCCUGAAGGUAUUACACACAAAUAUUUAGAUAAUGUGGGACGUACCGUUCUAAGACUGAAAAAAAGGGAUCUAGUGGAACAACAUAUUCAAGAUUUUGAAAUAAUUUACAAGUGGUCUCCAUAUUAUUUGAUACAUGAACCUUUAUUAUUAACUGCGGCCAUUUUUAUAUUAUUUUUGGCUGUAAUUGUAUGGGUGAGAUUAGAUUUUUCACUUGGAGUUCCAGAUCACAGUAAAAGAGAGUAAUUCAUACAAGGUGUAUCUGUUGAAAUAAAAAUAUUAAGUAACUUA